UGGCAGCCUCCACGAAAUUACUCCAGAAAUGAAAGACUUCUUGAAAAAAGUUGAAGAAAAGGUUGAAAUUGGACUUGUUGGUGGCUCUGACCUCCACAAGAUUUCUGAACAAAUGGGAUUUCCUAGAGGAAUUGGGGUGGUGCACAAGCACAAGUAUGUGUUUUCUGAAAAUGGAUUAGUAGCUCAUAAGAAUGGAGAGCUCAUUCAUAAACAGAGCAUACAGAAUGAAGUGGGAGAGGAAAAAUUGCAGCGAUUCAUUAACUUCUCUCUACGAUACAUGGCGGACCUGACACUGCCCGUGAAAAGGGGUACCUUCAUAGAAUUCAGGAAGUGGUCCUAA